GAAAAGAGUCAAAAACGCAGAAAUGUCAACGUACUGUCAAAAAAUUGAAAUAAAUCUACAAAAAUGAUAGAAUUUCAGUAAAUUGGUUGCCUAUUUACGAUAUUUUAAACUUGAAAACUCUCAUUAUUCAGUAAACUUAGUGAACUUAAUCAGAUAAUCCCGUAUAUUUUUGUGAUUGCCCUAAUUUCUGAGUAUGUCUCACAUAGCUGAUGCAAAAGUACUAUUUUCUAGGUUAAUUUCUAUGAAAAAUGGGUUGAACACCUUGAAAUGGCGUAACUUCAGCAGCGUAACUGACAAAGCGUCAGGUGAUGUUAUUCCACUGCCCCCUCUCUCGGAGCCGAUGCCCAACCUUCCUGAUGUGUUAUACCAAUCGUCUAAAGCAGAGGAAUAUGUCACCGAAAUCACAACUCUAAGCAAUGGCCUCAGAGUAGCUUCGGAAAAGAAGUUUGGUCAAUUUUGUACUGCUGGAGUGGUGAUUGAUUCAGGCCCUCGCUAUGAAGUUGCAUAUCCUAAUGGAAUUUGUCAUUUUCUUGAAAAGCUAAGCUUUGGUGCCACUCACAAGUUUUCCACCAGAGAUGUGAUGCUGAGAGAGCUGGAGCGACACGGAGGCAUCUGUGACUGCCAGGGCUCACGGGACACCACUGUCUACGCCACUAGUGCUGACUCCAGAGGUUUAGAAGCUGUUACUCAGGUUCUAGCGGAGGUGACACUGAGGCCUCGCCUGUCCACUGAUGAGGUUGAGGCCGCUCGGCAAGCCGUAGCCUUCGAACUGGAGACACUCUCCAUGAGGCCUGAACAGGAAACUAUUUUGAUGGACAUGAUACAUGCAGCUGCCUACAGAGGAAACACUCUAGGCCUCCCCAAGAUCUGCCCGCAUGAGAAUGUGAACAAAAUUGACAGAGGAGUUAUUUUAAAUUAUCUACAAAAUCAUUACACUCCAGACAGGAUGGUUGUGGCUGCUGUUGGCGUGGAGCACAAACCAUUUGUAGAGUUUGUCCAAAAGUACUUUGUUGACAUGAAACCCACCUGGCAAUCUGAGGGUGAAAAUACAAAGAAGACUGUUGAUACAUCUAUUUCACAAUACACUGGUGGGAUGGAGCAGGAAGAAUGCGAGGUACCUCUUUACCCAGGAUCAGACCUGCCUGAGCUGUCACACGUGGUCAUUGGAUUAGAAAGCUGCUCGCACGGCGACCCCGACUUCGUGGCGACGUGCGUGCUCAACAUGAUGAUGGGCGGCGGCGGCUCGUUCUCCGCCGGCGGGCCCGGCAAGGGCAUGUACACGCGGCUCUACACUAAUGUCCUUAACCGAUACCACUGGAUGUUCAACGCGACGGCGUACAACCACGCGUACGGCGACACGGGGCUGUUCUGCGUGCACGCCGCGUCGCCGCCGAGCCGCAUCCACGACACGGCGCUGGUGGUGGCGCGCGAGCUCGCCAACAUGGCCGGCAAGGUCGGAGAGAACGAACUCAAGAGAGCCAAGACGCAGCUGCAGUCGAUGCUGCUGAUGAACCUGGAGGCGCGGCCCGUGGUGUUCGAGGACAUCGGCCGCCAGGUGCUCGCCACCGGCAGGAGGAAGCCGCCCUCAUACUUUAUCAAUGAAAUUGCUAAAGUGACGGCGGACGACGUGGUCCGCGUGGCGACGCGUCUCCUCAGCUCCAAGCCGGCCGUGGCGGCGCGCGGCAAGCUGGCCCACCUGCCCACCUUCGAGGAGAUACAAGCGAACAUCGCGCUCAAAGCUGACGCGCCACAGGGACGACGCAUCAACCUGUUCCGUGCUUAGUUUUAGCUUUACAAAUAGAGAUCUAUCUACCGGAUGUUACUUUAAAUUUUUAUUAAUUAAACUUUAUGUUAAUUCUUACUUGUGUUUCUUUUGCUGGUUAAGUUAGGUUUUAGUUAUUACCUAGUUGAUACUUAAUUUGUAUCAUUCUGUGGGGAGAUACAGGUCUGUGUUUCCCCGUAUUAUCGCAGCGUCGGCGCGUAAUCGCGAUUCUAGUUACGAGAAUAUCGUAUAGAUAAGAUGAUUUCUCUGAGCUCCAAGCCGGCGGUGGCGGCGCGCGGCAAGCUGGCCCACCUGCCCACCUUCGAGGAGAUACAAGCGAACAUCGCGCUCAAAGCUGACGCGCCACAGGGACGACGCAUCAACCUGUUCCGUGCUUAGUUUUACUUUUACGAAUAGAGAUCUAUCUACUGGAUGUUACUUUAAAUUUUAAUUAAUUAAACUUUAUGUUAAUUCUUA